GCUGCUACGCAGAGGGAGAGAAGGAGAGUGGAAGCGGGAUAAAUGGCAGUUCCCAUUUUCAGGGCCACAGUUCCCAAGUUUCACUCACUCAUUCACCCCUUGUUUUCUACUUCAUUUCCUGAUGAACCUUCAAAGAAGAGGAGGCUGUUGGUCUCCUGUGCUCCAUCAGAAACCAAGUCAGUUCGGGAAGGGCUGUCUUUCUGUGUUGGAACUCACCUUAUUCCACACCCCAGCAAGGUUGAAAAAGGAGGAGAAGAUGCUUUCUUUGUGAGCAGCUAUAAUGGGGGAGUUAUUUCUGUUGCUGAUGGUGUCUCUGGUUGGGCUGAACAGAAUGUGGAUCCAUCACUGUUUCCUAAAGAAUUGAUGGCUUAUGCUUCAUCGUUUGUGGAAGAUGCGGAGGUGAACGAUAAUCCUCAGGUUCUGAUAGGAAAAGCACAUGCUGCUACCUCCUCUGUGGGUUCUGCUACUGUGAUUGUUGCCAUGCUGGAGAGGAAUGGCAUUCUGAAGAUUGCCAAUGUCGGGGAUUGUGGACUCAGGGUUAUUCGUGGAGGUAAGGUAUAUUUUUCUACAUUGCCACAGGAACAUUAUUUCGAUUGUCCUUUCCAACUUAGCUCACAAGCUUUCGGCCAAACUUACCGUGAUGCGGUGCUUAGCAGUGUUGAGUUGAUGGAGGGAGACACAAUAGUAAUGGGUUCCGAUGGACUUUUUGAUAAUGUCUUCGACCAUGAAAUUGUUUCGACAUUGACAGGAUACAGAGAUGUUGCAGAGGCUGCAAAGGCAUUAGCUAAUUUGGCAAGCAACCAUUCUAAGGAUUCGAAGUUUGAGUCGCCCUACAUCAUUGAGGCCAGGGCCAGGGGUUUUCAAGCACCUUUUUGGAAGAAAAUGCUUGGAAUGAAGCUUACAGGUGGAAAACCAGAUGAUAUCACUGUGGUGGUUGGUCAGGUUACAAGUCUAUGAAGCAUUUUGAUCUUCAUAUUCAAACUUGGGGUAGCUGUUGUAUACAGUUUUACUACAGCUGUUUUUAACAGUCAUGCAACUCGAUAAAGAAGAUUACAGCUACCAGAUAUAAGCAUUUCCUCGAGAAAUGGUGGAUUACAUUUAUGCAGAAAGCAAGGCAGUUGGAUUUCAAAAUAGUAACAUGUACUUUCGUACUUUAAAGCUUUGAUAAAGCGUCAAUUUCUGAUACAAAAUGUGUGAU